AUGCCACGAAGACCUAACAACAAGAAUCGCAAGAAGCAUCAGGUAAUCGAGUGUCUCAGCGCAGCAGAAUCUAUUACUGCAACAGCAAAUUUUUCUGUUGAUCGUUCGACACUGUACCGAUGGAAGAAGCAGCGUACAAACAUAGAAAAUGCUGCUCAGCAGAACCCAUUGGUUUGUUACGGAGUUGGCAUCCGUCAUCCGGUUCUCGAGAAGAGGCUAUUCGACUGGAUUGUCGACAUGCGAAAGAAUAGGUCGCUGUGUGUUUCAACGGAGUGCUUGCUGUUGAUGUUGGCCAAGUACGCUCCCAAGCUCUCCCAGAACAAAACUGCACGACACCAGGGGUAA